AGCUCACCCCAACCCCUGCAUUGAAUCAACCUGAGGCUUCAUGUCAGUCCGAGUUUCAACCAUGAGCGUUCUUCCUCCUGUUCGCAGGGACCGGAUCAUCGCUCAGCUUCCUCAGUAUUUCACGAGAGAAGCCGCCCUCCACACUAAAGAUGAAUUCAACAAUAAAGUGAAGACGGCCUGCCAGGAGCAGCGCACCGGCACGGUGGGUAGAUUUAGAAUCUCUAAGGUCAUUGUUGUGGGCGACCUGGCUGUGGGGAAAACCUGUCUGAUUAAUAGAUUUUGCAAAGAUACGUUCGAUAAGAACUACAAGGCCACGAUCGGAGUUGACUUUGAGAUGGAGCGGUUCGAGGUGCUGGGCGUUCCUUUCAGUCUCCAGCUGUGGGACACUGCAGGCCAAGAGAGGUUCAAGUGCAUUGCUUCCACAUACUACAGAGGAGCCCAGGUUGUGAUCAUCGCAUUUGAUGUGAACGAUGUCGCCUCUUUGGGUCACGUCAGGCAGUGGCUCGAAGACGCCUUGAGAGAGAACGACCCCACUGCCGUCCAGCUGUUCCUGGUCGGCACAAAGAAAGACCUGAGCUCUCCUGCUCAGUAUUCUCAGAUUGAACAAGACGCUCUCAAAAUUGCACAAGAGAUCAGUGCAGAGUACUGGGCUGUUUCAUCACUCACAGGGGAAAACGUGAAAGAGUUUUUUUUCCGAGUUGCAUCGUUGGCAUUUGAGACCAACGUUCUGGCCGAGUUAGAGAAAAGUGGAUCAAGACAAAUUGGAGAAGUCGUCAGAAUCAACAGCACGUCAAACAGUCUGUAUGCUACAUCCAAGAAGAAAGGGCCCAACUGCUGUCAGUGAGGGAGGGAGCAGGAGUUUUAAAGUCUGACUGAAAAAACUGUGGCUGCUCUCCAGCUCAUGGGAGGGAUUUCUGUGGUCAAAGGAGGAGGUGGGACGUAGGAGUCUCACUUCCUGACGUGUUGGAGUUUUUCCUGGACUGCCACGACUUUUCCUCCGUGGGAUGUGGAUUCUUGUGGUGUUACAGAGUGAGUGUGGUGUUACAGAGUGACACAUAAAUGUUCUGCUGAGAUGCCAAAGUAUGACUGUGGUUGAUUUUGACAUGCUGUAUGUGUGGACGCUAACUUUACAUAGGGCUUGAAUUAAAUAUAUCCUAUUGCUGCUGUAGUUUCAUAAUAAUACUGUAGUUUACUUUAGAAAUGUUUUAAUGAAACCAGUACUUUGCCUCUUUUAUGAAACUGUAGAUUAGAGCUUCAAUUCCAAGACAACAGUAAAGAUUUGGGACAUUUUUGUAACAGUUUUUUUUUCUGCUUUUCAUCUCUCGACCCUGCAGAUUUAUCUGUAGACUCCUUGUGAGGGUCACGACCCUCAGAUUGAGAACCAUUCUUGUAAUGCAGAUGCAGCCUUGAAGAGUUUUAUCUGCAGCGUAUGCUUCAUACGUAUUUUUGCUUUUUGUUUUCAAUGAAAUCAAUGACUGAAUAUCGAUGUUCAUUUUUGUAUCAGAAACUGUGUUAAUGUCUGAUCAUUCAUUUUCCUUAAAAAAAUCCUCAUCAAAUGUCAUACAAAUGUAAUAAAGGGAAAAUAAAUCAAGUCAUC